UCAAUUACAACACUGUCAUUAAGGUUUACUAAUCUCAUGUGACAAAGAAAAUGUUAAGCCAGUUGGGACGAGAUUUAUCCACUGCCGAACAAAGAAUAUUGGAUCACCGGGCGUUUGUAAAUGGAGAAAUAAACAAUUUUCUGAAUGAAUUUGAGUUGAAACGUAACGAAGCAGAAGUGGAAACGCUGUUCAAAGUGACUGAAAUUAUAGGCGACGUGAAAUACGACCUAUAUGAAAGGUGUAUCAUUCUGAGUACAUCACAUUUAGAAACACUAAAUCAAGAAGUAAAUAAUUUGUUAGUCGGUGUCGAAGGCUUUCUCAACAAGGUGGAGCUACAGAAGCAGCCUAACGAAUAUCUUAUCCAAUCUCGUAAAGAUCGUGAACAUAAAAGAGCGAAUUUUCUCAUUGAUUUGGAACAUAAAUACGAACGAGUCAAGAACUCAUUUGAAGAAAAGGAAGAGGAAAUAGAUGAACUUUAUUCUGAUUUACAAGUAAAGUUGAACAUUCCUAAGUAA